GAUAAAUCGGUGAUUUCAUUAGUAGUAUUGUAUAACAUUGGUAGUACUAGUAUAACAUUUAAAUAUUAAACGAAUCUUGUCUGUUCCGUUGCAUAGCAACGAUUUUCGAAGAACAAUAAACAUUCCGAAGCAAAGCAGGUGGAUCUGCUCAUCUUCAGAGAAUGGCGGCUGACAAAACUCUAGCUCGCUCAGGACUUUAUUUCGAUGAACUCAAUAAAAUUAGAGUUCUUGAGCCAGAAGUUGCUCAGCAAACAACAGAACUGAGAGAUGAAUGCAGGGGCUUCGUUGACAAAAUAAACGACUUUCAUGAGCUCGCGGAUCAUUUUAUGGGAGUAGCGGAUCGACUUAGAGAUGCUGUUGAAAAAGAGAAGCUAUCGGCUUUGGGUGCGAGGAAUAUGCUGAAAAGUAUCAGCAAACAGAGAGAAGCACAACAACUGCAGUUACAAGCUCUUAUUGGUGAGAAAAAGCUUGAAUUAGAGAGGCUACGCAUACAACACGACUCUCUGCAGCAAACAGAAGCAGAACAACAAGAGUUCAUUGAGCAGUUCAUCACGCAGAAGUAAUAGCAUGGCAUAGUGAAGUCGGCGCUGAAGUAUUGGCCUGAUGUGGCCUGUCGCUGAGUAUAAAAUUGCUACAUUAACCCCACAGCCGUCACCAUCGUUCGAUUUAGCGAAUGUUAGUAAUCGUCAACAAGUUGGAAGGAUACAACAAAAAUAGAGGCGACUUUGAAUUCUUAUUUCAAUCAUAAGAAUUCAAUCUAUAUUGUAAAUUAUCGAAAUUUGACAAUCAAAGUCCCACUAUAGAUGCAAUAAAGGCAAAUAAAAUUAUCGAUAAACUGAGAAAACGUAUAAUUACUGAUCGUGGACACAGAUGGCACGUUAUUUUAGUGAGCAAAGCGAAGUUAGAAAACUUGCAUCGACAGGUGAGCUUAUUUUUCUAUGGCGAGACAAAAUCUUGAACAGCACAAGCAGCCAAAGCAAUAAUAAAACUUAAACCUAAAAA